GCGAGAAGUGAGCGAUCAGUGAAAGCAUUUGUAGCCUACUGUACUCUACUUCGCGUCUUCUGCCUAGUCGAUGGUAAAACAUGAUGGCGAUCGGUUAGGGCGCGCGUCGCUCGUGUGAAAAUUCAUCGUGAUUUCGUGUACAAUUCCGCGUGUGGACGAGACAAUCGCGUGGAAUCUGUCGUCGGAUCGCUGCACGUCGAUCUUCUGUCACAUAACGGCGUCCAAACGGCGAAACGCGACACAAUGGUGAAGUUGACAGAAGAGAUGAUCGUGGCUCGUGCACGAGUGUCGGACUUUUCCGCCGUGACGAGACUCAAUUGCUGGGGAACAGAAUUGACAGAUAUUAGCAUCUUAAGAAAGAUGAAGAAUGCGGAAGUAAUAUCACUGAGAGGCUGCAACGUAUACCUACUUUGGACAUGAUUAUAUUAAACUCAUGGUCACAACCUACAACUUCAGAAGUUGUUCUACCCACACAUGCAUUGAAUUCAUUAUGAAUUCAUCUGAGUAAUAUUGAAAAAUGGGCAAAUAUGAAGAUCCGUAUCUGGCACAUCUGAAAUCUACUCCAAAAAAGAUUAAUGAUCUUUUAUUUCUUAUUUUUUGAUAUAAUAUUAAUUAUUGGCAUAAACAACAUUAAUACACUUGCCGAUUUUCAAUACUGUCCCAAACUUCGGGAAUUAUUUAUAAGACGAAACAAUAUUAAAGAUUUAAAUGAAGUUUGUUAUCUUCAAGACUUGCCUAAUUUACGAAAUUUAUGGCUCGAUGAAAAUCCAUGUGCAGAGAAGGAAGGUUACCGAUUAGCUGUACUUCGAGCUUUGCCAAAUCUUGAAAAGUUAGAUGAUAAAAUAGUAUCACCCGAAGAAGUACAAAUUGCAAUGGCAAUAGGUCGACCUUUAAUACAUCCUCUUGAAAUAGAUACCUCUCCACAGUCAGAUAUAGUAAGUCCAGAGGAUUAUGAUGAGCGUUCAGUAAUACAACAACAUAAUGGAGAUUAUGACGAAAGACGAGCUUAUUCCGAGUAUAGUGGAAACGAAGUAUCUCAACGUAUGUAUACACCAACACCAUCGCAACGAACACAAUAUGCUGUUAAUGAAUGUGCAGAUGAUAAACGUAAUGAUAGAAAUAACUAUAACUAUGAUGAAAGAACAAGAUUAGAAUAUGAAGAGUCACCACAACCUCCUCAGAUAAGAAGAAUGGCGGUUCAUCACAACGAAAGGGAAGACAUAAGUCAAGUAGGUUGGAUAAGACACUCUGAAAAAGACAAAUGCAGAAAUCAAUUUCAUUAUCAUAGGCGGCCAGUGACAAGGAAUUCAAAUAUAUUAUCCGCUGUACUAUGUCUGGUCAAGGAGUUGGAUUAUCCAAGUCUGGAAGUAGUAGAAAUGGCCGUUAGAAAUCGAAUGGAUGAAUUAGAAGAAUGAUGUUUCUGACACCGUCCCCAAAAUCCACAGGGGACGGUCACUUUCUCCCAUAUCGGCAACUUGACUUCUGUUCCCAGUCCAGAAUUUUCUGAUUCGCUUGAUUCCACAAUAACCUUAAAUGCUGAUAAUGAGGGGAAUUACAAUAAUGAUGAUUUCUCUCAUAUUUUUGACCGUCAAUUAUUCGAAGAAAACAAUGACAAAUAUCAAACUCGACGAAAUGAAUGUGCCCAAAAAGUUUGCUCAACACACAGCCCGAAAACAGUAUCAAUCGAUCCGAGCCCGAAAGUACUCGGAAACAAUCAAUCCAUGUAUAAAAUCAAAGAUUCCAUGUUGGACAAUUCGCUAUGCAAAAAUCAAGAGAAAAAAAAUAACGUGAGACGUGUGGCGAGCAGCGACAGUAUUCCUCGUAGUAAUUAUAAUAAUGUCAUUUUGAGCCAAGAAUGUAGAGUUUUAAGUCAAGACUGCGUAAGAAGAUCAAAGAGUCAUGAUGUCAGAAAUACAGUUACACCCCUUCGUUAUAUUCAGUCAGCAAAAGGCACAUGGACAUAUAAUUUAUAAGUUGGAUUGACAAUAUAAAAAAAUCCUUCUUAAUAAUCUAAAUCUCUUGUAAAUAUGAUGAAAAAUUAUUUCUUCGUUAAAAAGGAAAAAAAAGGAAAAGAUUCAAUAAUGGACACAAGACUUUAAGAUCAAAGAUUGAUCUCAUCAUGUUAUUUUGAAAGAAAAGUUUAUUAAUAUAUAUGUAAAACUUACAAAUGCUUGUGAUAUUCUUGCAAGAACUAAAGAAAUGAAUGUAAUUAUCUUUGUGUACAUUUAAUAGUAUGUUACAAUUAUCAUUUUUGUUAAUAAAAAAUGUUAAAAGUGUCA